GGGCCGAUACGGGCCAGCAUCCUGACGACACCGGCCCACGCGGCAGCCGCAUUGGCUGAGCGAACGAACGGUGGACCGGCGGGAUAGGAUCCGGUGGCCGGCCGGCGGCGCACGCGGCGAGCCAAGCCAAAUUAUGGGGUCGAACAAGGAGGCCGAAGGCGGGGGGCGGGAGAGAGUGGGAGGCGUCCCCAGGCCAGCGCGGCCAUGGAAGGCAUGGGCGCGGCGGUUGGGGACGAAGGGGAGGAGCCGCGGAAGCCGGCAGCAGCCUACGAGGAGGAGGUGACAGGAACUAGGCGCAGCUCGCACGGGGAGGUGACGGCAGCGGCGGCGGAGGGGCCGCGUGGCGGCGUGGGGGUGACGGAGCUACGCGCGGCUCGCACGGGCGCGGCACGCGCGCACGGGCUCGCUACUGGUUGAAAGGUGCGCGCCUACAACUCACCAACCAAGAGUCCCAAACCCUCCGCGCGCACACGGGGCCGCCCUCGGAUUGGGCUCUCCCUCUCACCGCCAGUCGUCACCGCUCGCCGCCCACACCCUGGCGCCCAUGGCGUCCUCGCUCGUCUCGCGCCCGCACCUCACCCAGCGCCCGGUCCGCGCCGCCACGCUCGCCUCCCAUAACCGCUCCCGCCUCGCGGCCGGGGCCGGGGCCCUUGGUGGGCGCGGCGUGCGCUGCCAGGCGCAGGCGGCGGGGGACUUGGACGCCCAGUACAUGCGACGGUGCGUGGAGCUGGCGCGCAAGGCGGCCGGCCACACCAGCCCCAACCCUAUGGUGGGCUGCGUCAUCGUCCGCGACGGCCGCGUCGUUGGAGAAGGAUUCCACCCCAAAGCCGGCCAACCUCAUGCCGAGGUAUUUGCACUGAGAGAUGCAGGUAAUUUAGCUGAAAAUGCAACGGCUUAUGUUAGCUUGGAGCCCUGCAACCACUAUGGGAGAACCCCUCCUUGCACUGAAGCACUCAUCAAUGCAAAAGUAAAAGAAGUUGUUGUGGGGAUGACAGACCCAAAUCCUAUUGUCGCAUCCAAAGGGAUUGAAAAGCUCCAAGGUGCUGGAAUAAAUGUGAGGGUGGGUGUGGAGGAAGCAUUAUGCCGCAAACUAAAUGAGGCUUACAUCCAUCGUAUGCUCACCGGGAAGGCUUUUGCAACUUUGAGAGCUACACUCUCAAUGAAUGGAAUCGUCACAAACCAAAUUGGGAAGGGAGCUGAUCAGUCAGGUGGGUACUACUCGCAGUUGAUGAAAGAAUAUGAUGGCGUCAUAAUUUCAAGUGACCUGGCCAAGAUGUCAAGCUUACCUUUAUCUCGCGAAGCUGGUGCAAACCAACCUCUCUAUAUCAUCAUAGCACAGGGUGAAAAUUCCCGACUACACAUCCCAUCUCUCAGCGAAGAGCAUGCAUCGAAGGUGAUAGUCCUUGCUGAUAGCCCUGUCACCGCGGCGCCAGCAGGAGUUGAAGUUGCAGUCCUUCGUCAGAUAGACUUGGAGUCUAUUCUCCAACUUCUUGCACAGCGAGGGCUCUGCAGCGUGCUGGUGGAUUUCAGAGAGGCCACAGAAAGCUUCGCGUCGCUUCUGAACGACUUCCAGGAGGACAAGCUGGUGCAGAAGGUCGUCGUGGAGAUCCUGCCUUUUUGGUUCGCGAGUGAAGGGCUCAGCAACCUGGCAUUUGGUGGCAGCCAAUCGUUCCCGUUGAAGAACUUGGAGCACAGGGAGGUCUGCAGCUGGGAACCGCACCCGCUUCACCCCGACGGCACUGAACCGCUGCAGCAGAUCGCCGUGGACUACUGUCCGGAGGCAUGCCUCGAAGAGCGCCACGCGGGCGAGAUCCACGUCACCUACGACCACCGCGGCGGCGCGCGCUGGCGCUCCCGCCGCCGGUUCCGCCCCGGCAGCGCCGUGGCCACCACGAUCCGCGCGCCGGCGGGGGACACUUCGGGCCUCAACUACAACAUCUACCUGUCCUCCCUGGAGGGCUCCAAAGACCAGGACGAGAUCGACUUCGAGUUCCUCGGCCACGAUAAGCGCGCCGUCCAGACCAACUACCACGUCAAUGGCGACGGCGGGCGGGAGCAGAUCCACGCGCUCCCGUUCGACUCCUCCGACGGCUUCCACCACUACGCCAUCGCCUGGGACGCGGCCACCAUCGAGUGGCGCGUCGACGGCGAGCUCAUCCGCCGCGAGGAGCGGCGCGAGGGGGAGCCGUGGCCGGAGAAGCCCAUGUACCUGUACGCCUCCGUGUGGGACGCCAGCUACAUCGCCGACGGGAAGUGGACCGGCACGUACCACGGCCGCGACGCGCCCUACGUCUGCAGCUACAAGGACGUCAUGGUGCCCACUGCCAAGCAUUUAGUGGAAGAAGACGAAGAGAAUCAGGAUGCAGAUGCCGCUGAUGCGCCUGCUGUCGAUCCUGCAGCCGACGCUGAUGCUGCGGCGGCAGCGGCAGCGGCAGCGGCGGGAAAAGAGAAGGACGCCGGAGCCGGUGAAGUUUAGAUCUUGGUGGUGCGAUGCAAUUUCGUUUUGUUCAAGUGUCGCUGCAACCAAAACGGAUGUAUGAAUAAUGGAUGCGGUCUGAUCAGUGAAACAAACAUUUCAUCGGCUGUAUUUAUGUUGUUCGUUGAAUAAUUCAAUGUGUUGUUUUAUGCUU